AUGAAGGUUCUAGCUCUCUUCUUUGUCUUCUAUUCAAUUGCCGCAGUCUCCGCUCAAUGGGAUAACAGUUUCUGGUGAGUCAAGAUUACUGUAGGGUGAGAAGGAUAGCUACCAACGCCUUUCUUCUUUCCCUUUUUGUUAGAGGGCGAUGUUCGAAGUAGUUAUAAAAAAUAAUCCAUUUCCAGGUGGAAUCUACCGCAAGCGCAACCGCAAAACUUCAAUUGGUUCGGAAGCAGUGGCCAUCAGAGUGACGAAAAAGGAAAUAUGUGGCACGGAGAUGACAAUGCCAAACUGAUGCUCAUUGCCAAAUCUUCCUGGCCGUAA